CUCUUUUUUUUUUCCCCUUUCCCUUCAUUGCUCAUUUUCUAGUCAGACCCAAAUUUUCCAUAAUAUUUUUUUUAUUCAAUUUUUAUUUGUAUUUGGGCGUAUGAUCUACAUUACCAUCGGUAAUCAAACGCCAUAAUUUGGUAAUUAAUUAAAAUAAAUGUCUCAAACGAGCUAUUACCGAUCACCGUUCGGAGACACGACUUACACCAAAGUGUUUGUUGGAGGAUUAGCAUGGGAAACUCCCACCGAUGAAAUGCGUCGUUACUUUGAUCAGUUCGGAGAAAUUCUUGAAGCCGUCAUCAUCACCGAUAAAAACACCGGAAAAUCUAAAGGCUACGGAUUCGUGACGUUUCGAGAGGCGGAAUCAGCGACUAAAGCCGUCGCUGAUCCAAAUCCGGUGAUCGACGGAAGAAAAGCCAAUUGUAAUAUUGCUUCUUUUGGACGGCCUCGACCAUCUCCACCUCGAGGUCGAGGACAAACAGGAAGUCCGAGUCAGUACCAAAGUGGAGGACCAUCAGCCUAUACGGGAAUGGCUGCACCGCAGCUCCCGGUGGCAGCAGCUGCCCACCAGCUCAUGUAUCCAUCCUACGGGUACACCUAUAACCCUGAUCAAUUCGGGUACCACCAAGCACUGUACAACACACAGUUGCAACAAGCACAGUACUAUCAACAGCAGCAACAGCUAUAUGGAGGAGGAGCAACAUCACCAUCAUCAUCAUCAACAACCAUCAUGCCUUCUCCUUACUACUACGGUUAUUCUCUUCAAGCUCCUAGAGUGCCAUAUCAACACCAUCAUCAUCAUCUUCCUCAACCAUAUAACCCCCAACAACAUCACCAUCAACGGUUUACUUCUCCUUCUUUCGUCGUAUACCCAUCCAAUUCCUCUUUUGCACCUCCUCUCCAAGGACUACCCUCGUCUUCCACAGAAUCUGAAGCACCGCAACAAGUAUCAGCAGAAGGGGAAGCAACGACUACAGCACCUGAAAUUACAACCAGCAACAACAAAGAACCAAUUUCUUCUUGAUCUCUCGGCAUUUCCCAAUUUGUACAAUCUUCACAUUUUUACCUCUCCCUUUCUUUCUCUUCACUCUCUCUUGGGAGAGAAUUAAAAAGACACAGCUAAUUCAUUUAUUUAUCAACCAGAGCUAUGACUUGAGCCACAAGAAG